UAAAUCACUUGUUCCUUCUCCUUCAAUAGUAAUGUUGAAAACAAGGCAUUUAAAUAGGUCAAAUUGGGCUUUUUGGGGGGAUAUUAUCAUAGACAUUUCUUCCAUUUUAUGGAUUAAUUUUAUGGAAUAAUUGCAGCCUUGUUUUGGACAGGUCACAAAACAUGUCCUUUUUAUGUUGCACCCAAAUGCAACACAAUAACACAUGUCUUAUUAAAGCAAUUAAUUUGCAUUGAGUUCAUCAAAUGUAUUUUUCUGGAUGAAAACAGGGAUCAGACAGUGAAUAUGAUUCAUGCUUUGACAUGUCAGGUAGGCAGAUGUUGGCCUCAUCAAGGGAUUCAACUGCACCACGCAUGCGCGACGACGGUGCAGCCCUUUAAAACAAAGUUAAAUGUGGUUAAAAUAAAAAAGACGUAUUAAUGCGUCACACCGACAUUAAAACAUCGCUAACACCUCGGACCUUUUUUUCUGUAUUUGCAUAUAUGUGUCUCCUGAGUGAGCGUAGAUAUUAUUCUGAAUCUGAAUCUUAAAAUAAAUAAAUACAGAGUGUUUAAUGUUGUGAAAGACGGAAGUGAGCACUCCUGUUUUUCCGAGCAGGGCUGUGGACGCUGCGCAUGCAUGUCAGUGUUUGAAUGUUUCUUUGCGUGUGUUUUAUAUGCCUAUGAGUUAUUCCCAAAGAUAGUUCAACGCUUCCAUUUGCCUCCGAGUCUAUCCCGCUGCGGUAUGGCAGCUGCAGCAGCAGAAGGACCGGGGGACUGUAGCCGGAGCAGCGGCGGCAGCAGCGGCUGCGGCGGCGGCGUCGCACCGGCAGCAGCGCGGACAGGUGAUGGGGAACCUGAGGAGGCCGAGGAGUUCACCUGCUCGGCCUACUGCUCCGAGCUCUCCCGGCGGCAGAACGAGCAGAGGAAGGCGGGUCUGUUCUGCGACGCGACGCUGGUCUUCAGCUCCGAGGAGCAGGACAGGGUCCAGACAUUGACCGCGCACCGCUCCGUGUUAUCGGCGGCGUCGCAGUACUUCACGCUGCUGCUCGGCGGACAGUUCUCGGAGUCCGUGUCCGGGCGAGUGGAGCUCAAAGAAUGGAGCUCCACGACGGGACCAGACCCGGAGACAGUGGAGAGCGUGGUGCAGUUCAUGUACACCGGAGAGAUCAGGGUGACCACUGCCAAUGUGCAUGAGGUGUUGGAACUUGCUGACAGGUUCCUGUUGGCCCAGCUGAAGAACUUCUGUGGAGAGUUCCUGAUGAAGAAGCUGAGCUUGUCUAACUGUGUAGCAGUGCACAGCCUCGCCCACAUGUACACCCUGGACCAGCUGGCCAAGGGAGCCGCCAAGACCAUUAGGAGAAACUUCCACAAAGUUAUCCACAAUGAUGAAUUCUUCACGCUGCCAUUUCACCUGGUGCGGGACUGGCUGUCAGACUCAGAAAUCACCGUGGAUUCUGAGCAGGAGUUGUUUGAGGCCAUCGUAAAAUGGGUGAACCAAAACACAGAGGAGCGAGAGGAGAAUUUCAAGGACCUGUUCAGGCUUUUAAGGUUGCCUCAGAUUGCUCCUACCUACCUGACACGGGUGGUGAGAAAGGAGCCCUUAGUGGCAAACAAUGCUGUUUGUCAGCAGCUGGUGUCUGACGCCCUUGAGGUCCACGCUGUUCGCUUUGAGAGCUUCAAGUCAGCUGAUUUAGAGUCCCAUGCCUCCUUCACGUCAACAAUCCAGCCACGUUUUGGCCAAAACAUGGAUGUAAUCAUGGUGGUGGGUGGCGUUUCAGAAGGUGGAGACUAUUUGAGUGAGUGUGUGGGUUACUUUGUUGCUGAGGACCGUUGGGUAAACCUGCCGCACAUUCACAACCACCUCGACGGACACGCCAUCGCAGUCACCGACAGCCAUGUUUACGUGGCAGGCUCCAUGGAGCCAGGCUUCGCCAAGACGGUGGAGCGCUACGACCCCAACCUCAACACCUGGGAGCAGGUCAACAACCUGAGCACCCGCAAGCACUCGUUCGGCCUCAUAUGCGUCAAAGACAUCCUCUACAGCAUCGGCGGUCAUGGAAACUUCAGCCCAGGCUUUAAGGAUGUCACUGUGUACAACCCUGAGCAGGACGAGUGGCAGAAUCUCGACCCAGCACCAAAGAUACUACGAGAUGUGAAAACAGUGAGCGUGGAGGACCGUUGCGUGUACGUGAUGGCCAGGACCCCUGUAGACAUGGACAAUGAUGACGGACUGAGCACUUUGACCGCUUGCUACGAUACAGAGAGUCUCAAGUGGCAGGAAGUGGACUCCUUACCACUCGUUGAUAAUUACUGCAAUUUUCAAAUGGCUGUUGCGUCCACCAAUUUCUACCACACGGCUUCCUGUUGCUCCAAGAGCUACAAGGUAACGGUUGAAGCGGCUCAGCAGAAAAUAAGCAGAAACAUCUCUGACGACAUCCUCGAAAGCCUCCCUCCAGAGGUCCUCAGCAUGGAGGGCACUGCUAUUUGCUACCUGGGUGACGACAUAUUCAUCAUCGGCGGGUGGAGAAACAGCAACAACAUGGACAAGCAGUACCGCAGGGAGGCCUACCGUUACUGCGCUGAGAGGAAGCGCUGGAUGCUGCUGCCGCCCUUACCUCAGCCGCGCUGCCGAGCCGCAGCCUGCCACGUUCGCAUCCCGUACCAGUACCUUUACGGCUGCCAGCACUACCCCAUGCCCCAGAACCUGGCUCGCCAGAGAGACCGCAUGCAACAGAUGCAGCAGCUCCAUCGCCGCACUCUCACUCUGCGCAGACAGCUGCAGUCUCAAAUCGAAUGUUGAGAUCCAAAGCUACACGAAUGUGACACUCUGCACUUAAUCUGCUGAUAAAUGGCUUGUUGUUAACACAGUUUUAUCUUAAAUUUUUUUUGCCUUUUUAAUGAGGUUAAAUGUCUGCAUGGGGAUGCACCUGGGGCUGCUUUGCUGGAAAGAAAAAAACUGAAGAGUCGUACAUAAUCAUUUUGGCCUUUCAUCAUCAGCUUAUGCCUUACUCUUAUUCUGCUUUUAAAUGAUACUGUGAUUGCUGUCGCAUUUUGUGAAAAUAUAGUGGAAUUCAUUGCAAAACAACCUUGUUCGGUUUUUUAUAUGUUGUCUGUGUUGACACUCAAAUGAUGUCAACAUAUGUUCUGUACAGUUCUCAGUGACACUUUUAAUGUGAAAUUUGCUUAAGUGUCAAGAUGUAAUCAUAGGAAAGUAAGUUAUGUCUACAUUUGUUGUGAUAUAAGUUAGUAGAAAAUGACAGAAUACCAGUGUGGGGAUAUUAGUGUUACUUAGUGUAACAACCAGCUGAGAAAAGAAG